AUGACGGGAGAAAAUAUACGUGGGGCGCCGGUGGAGCCUCCGCCGGGCCCGCCAGGCCCCGCCCCGCCCCGCCCACGGGCGCCCCGGCCCCUCAGGCCUACCCCGGCCCGAUUAAUGGUGAUACGAGGCCGCUAUUGUCAUAAAGGAGCGUCCUCUGUUAUAAGAGACAUCAUCACAGUGAAGCCCCGCUCGGUUGUAGAUCAUCUUCACUAUAGACCUGAUGCUGUCUCUCGUGUUAUAUUUCAGGUGAUCCUCGCCGUCGCCGGUCCUCGGGUCCGUGUGUUAUAUCUCUCAGGACUGUUUCCCAUGCGCCCGUUCUUAUCUCGCGGCGCCUGCAUUAGCGACCCCUCCCUGCCCCUCGCCUCACCACACCGGAGGUCCAUGACGUGA